AUGGAAAUUAUCCCGCGGUUAAAGGACAAUGCUCCCAGGAUUUCUGGCAUUGCUCAAAUGGUAAAACUAUCGGAAGAGUUUGUCGAGAUGAUUUAUUUUUCAAUGAAAUCGUUGAUUAUACAUAGCGAUAUCGGAUCAAAUUGCAUUGCAUUGAAUGAGAGUGUUGUGAAACAUUCUGCUUGUUCACAAUUUUACUACAGCUGUAAAGAUGGACAACUUCUUCAACUUCAAUGCCCAGAAGGGCAAGCAUAUGAUGUAAGGCAAAAACAAUGUGAUAAUAUGACAUUUCUUCCGGAAUGUGCAACCACGGAAAAUUCUUCCUUGUUAGCUGCAGGCAAUCCUCUCCUAAUAUCAAAUGUAAUUUUGGCACCAGAAUUAGAUUGCUUCUGUAAUACAACUGGUGAUGGACUAUUCUCAGCAGGCUGUGAAAACUAUUUCUAUUCUUGUGCCUCUGGCCAUGGAUAUCGUAUGAAAUGUCCAGAAGGAUUAUUCUUCGAUAGCGAAACGCUAGUUUGCAAUUAUAAAGAACAUGUUCCUUUAUGUAAUUUAGCUUCAAAAGAUUCAAAAACUAUGGCUAAUGAGGAAGCAUAUGCUUAUACCACUGCUACAAAAUCAGUGGAUCAAGAUGAGAGCAAAGAGGCAAAGCCGAAGAAAGUGACAGAUAAUCACUCCAAUCAAGUACCGGACGAUAACUUACCUGCACUAGUCAGUGUUCCAAUAUCUAAUAGAAAAUCUCUCCCAAUUUUGCCUAAAGAUUUUGACUGUCGUUCGAAAGCUGACAGUUUCUAUUCAAUUGGCUGUAAAACGGAAUUUGUUGCUUGCGCUAAUCGUCGAACGUUCUUUUUUGAAUGUCCACACAAUUUAAUAUUCAAUGAAAAAGAACAAAUGUGUGAUUAUGCGGAAAAUGUCGAAGGCUGUUCAGAGAUGGGAAACAUUAAUGAGAAAGGAUCAUUUUUGACAACAUCUGCUGAAAUGGAGCAGGAAGAAGAAGAGACUAAACGAGAUGGUGCUGCAGUAAUUCGUGAUCAAGCUUUUUGCAAAAGUUUGAAUGAUGGCGUUUACUUCAACGACUGUGAAAGUGAAUAUAUAGUAUGUAGCAAACAAGUUACAUUCGCUUAUAACUGUCCAGAAGGACAGAUUAUAGAUCCAGUAAGCAAGACCUGUAAUGAACUGGAAAAUAUACCAGAAUGUAUGGACAAGAACGCUCGAAUGUUUGAAGUAUCAAGCUACUAA